CAGCAGAAGCUGGUCCCACGGCUCGGUCGCAGUAACACUUCCUCCCAUUCGCCUAAUGUAGAAACUGACCACCACCAAAGCUGCACCAACUGCGCUACCCCGCUCCCCCCUCCCCUCUCUAAUGUGCAACAAGAAAAAAGGUUGAAGCCUCUCAUUCCACCUCUUCCCUUGCCGUGCCUCUCUCCCGGGCUUCUGCACCAGCUUGAACAGCCGCUGGACGAGCCGUUCACUCAGUCGUUCCUUUUGUGCUGUUUGUGUUUUUUUUUUGCUUAUCCGCACUGCGAGCCUGCAAGGGGACCAGGCCGGUUACAAAAAAAACGUUUUUCCAAAAGAGAUGGAGUGAGGGCAGAGUGAUCGCUGGAGUAAGGUGUCUUGAAGACUAUUUCUAAAUAGUUAAGGGCCAAUUCAUAGUGCACCUGGAAAAUAUCACUAUGUUGUGCAAAAGCAUUAUUCUUGCAAAUAUUAUUUCCUCAAUAAUAAUUGGAUCAAAAGUUGCAUCUUUUCAAGUUGGGGAACAUGAAGUAUCUCAAGUUAACAGUCCUUCUUCACAACCAAAUGUGACUGGAGUUGUCCAUUUAUCAACAAGACAAGAAGAAUUCAAACUAAACCUACCUCCUGUGUCUUCUGCUUUGACUGCGGAAACAGCAAGUAGUAUGAGUCCUCUUUCAGUUUCUAAGGUGCCUAGACCACAUGCCUCAGCAAGGCAGGUUGAUACGAGACCAUUGCUGACAUCUUGGGUGCCUACAGUGUUACCAGUUGACAGUGGAGCUAGUACAGAGUCAUUGCGGAUACCACACAUCCAAUUGGAGUCCAGUAACAAGACUAUGAAUGCUGUGUUGUUCAACCAUGAAGAAGUUGGUACACCCCAGCAUACUGGACAAUUACAUAUGACGCCUUUUUCAAAUGGAAACCAGGUAGACAUCCUACUUUCUAAAGGAAAUUCUCAAGGACCCAUUCCCUCAAAUAGCCCAGUGUUAACAAGCAAAACGUUAUAUGGUGAAUCUAGUGACUUUUCUGUUCAAAACCCACCCAGUACUGCAUUGCAGCCAACAGGAUCCACAACUACAUCGUCCUUCUCCCCAAUAGAUGUUGCAAUGGUGAAAACUAUUCAUAAUUCUCCACAAGAUCCUUCUCAUGCAGGAUCAGUGGGGCCAAUCUAUACGUAUCCUCGGCCUCAGCAACGAGUAGUCACCACUCAAAAUCCUGAGCUGCUAACUAAGACCAAGGCAACAAGUAAACCAGCCUUUGAUAUUUUGAACACUGACCGUUCUGUGCUUUUCUCGGUAUCAGAACUGCAACCUGGAAUCUUGAGGCCAACUUCAACAAGUAUUACACAUCAAGCUAUUACAUUGAUCGUGGACCAAUCAAGCAUUAGGUCAUCAACUUACCCUAUAACAUCAAAGACUGCCACCCAGUUCGGUGAAGGUGAGCUGUUCAAUAACACUACAACUUCUAAAACUGCACAGGAAAGGACUGCAUCAACCAGCAGGUCAGAUGGAAUGGGUUCUCCCAACAAAGGCACGUGGGACUCUUUAUCUGUAACAACGAUUCAUUCUACUCCAAACUACCAGAUUCACCAAACAAAGAACAAGGAAAAGACAACAGAUUUGAUCCUUGGAGAUGAAAACUCUUCUGAUAUAGGCCCCACCCCUGUAUCCAAUGGUAAUAAGGAUGGAAACUGCAGUUCAGAUAAGGUCUGGAACACCAUUCAUCCUGACACUGAAGGAGGAGGACAAAACGCAUCUUUCAACCCUCACUUCCUAAGUGUCCCUCCAUUAUUUGUACUCCUCCACACAGACUGGAACACUGCAUUGGCUGAAUGGGGAUUGGCAUGGGACCUCCAUGUUUAUGGAUUGGGGUCACUCUUUUGCCUGGUAACAGUCAUCUCUGCUAUUGGUAUCCUUUGUCUUCCCUUCAGAUCUCCACCAGGCCUAGGUUAUUUCAUGGUUAUCAAUGGAUUGCUAUUCUUGACAAGCUCAAUAAGAACUUUUAUCUUCCUUUACGAUGCCUACUGUUAUCAGCACAAAUUACCUGCAAUGGUUGCCUUACUUCUCUAUGAUUUGGUCUUCCCUUGCCUUACUUCUGCUUUUGGAGUCGUAGUCCUCAUCCUGUCAUUGAGGUCUGGGCCACAAGCAGGGACAUCAAGAUUCCAGCGUUCAUGCUUCCUAACCACAAUUAUCUUUCUCCACUUCACACUCACUAUUGGCACAAUCUUGGUCAUUACUCUGCUAAAGCAAGCUCCCUUCCUCCUCUUUGUGUCACAUGGGAUCUUUGUAGUUUUGGUAACCAUUUUGUCUAUCCUGUAUUUCACAUUUUACUGUCAUGCACGUAUGGUUGGCAUGCAGGUCUACAGCAUGAAGACUUCAACACCAUGCCUGGAGACUUUAAAUGCUGGGCCCCUCAGAGAAACAGAGCACUGGGGAAGAGUAGCCAAACUGGCCAUGUGGACUGCAGUGUUCAGCUUGAGCUGUGCUGCAUUACAGUUAUAUGCUAUUCUAUACCGACUAGGAUUGGCUGGCGAUCACGUUUUCCAGCCAUGGCCUUGGUGGAUUUUCCAUUUUGGUACCAGCUUAUGUGAAGUAGGGAUGUGCCUCACCAUGUCCCUUAUUGGAAUCUAUCCAUUGUUCUGUACCUCUAAAACAUCAGACCGUAACCACUGGAACAAAAUGUUUUGCCUGUCUCCAACACAUGUAUCCAUGAAAGCUCCUAUCCUUUCAAACACUAAUCAAUGGUCAACUCCCCACCAGGUGAAAACAUUAAACUGUGAUGUGAUUAUCCAAAAUGAAUCAGAAUGUGUUCCCCUCUACACCAUGCCUGACAACCAAUUGAGCAGCGGUGAGGAGAGCAACUUGAUCUAUCACAGCAGUGAGACCAGUGAAAUAAGAAACCUGGACUUCCAUUUAAAACAUGGUGGAUCCUCCAGGACUUCUUCCUUCAUCAGUGUUCAGAUAGACAGUGAUUCCACAGUUGAUCUAAGACCACCCUCACCUAUUAAUCUAAGACGUAGUAUAGAUGAAGCUCUUUUCAGUGAGGCUCUCAUUCCCGAAAGUCUAUUCCAUUGGUCAAAAUUACACAGUUCAAGCAAUAUGUCCCUUUGUGGCAACAGGUCAAUGCCAGCGAGCACCAAUGAAGUCUUCAAGGAGAAUUCAGCAGACAGAGGCCUAUAUCGGACAUCAUCUUGUGUUGGUGUGGAAAGAACAGAGAUUGCCAGAGGUAUCACCAACACCUUCAAGAAGCUCAACAUGACACAAGCCUUGUCUUCAGAAAGGUGGGAGGAUAGCUCUGUCAACUCCAUCUGCAGAACUUCACAAGAUGGAUCCUCUUUGGUGCUUUGCUCCAGACCUGAGAAGUCGGGCUUCUCAACUACUGACCCUGAGCAAAAAUCUUUCAGAGACUCCUCUCCAACAAGCCUUCAUGGUAUCCCCCAGUUAACAAAGCAGUUUCAAGCUUUGUCUUCUCCAGAAACCAUGGAUAAAAAUGAUCCCCCAGAUUCAGCAACACAAGUGGAGUUCAUCAAGAUCUGCAGGCAAAUUGACCAGCUGAGUAUCAGCAGUGACACAAUAGAAUUAUGAAACUCAACGCUGUUGCCCAACCAGAACCAUUUCUACUCUGCAUCUUCCUUAAUACUUGGAAAUGCUUACUGGGAAGUGUAUUGUCAAAAGAGAAACAAAGUGUAAUGCUUGUGUUCAAAGGCCAAAAAUUGCUGGACUCAGGGCAUAUAUACAGGCUGGAAGUGGUCUUGGACAGUGGCAUAAAAUGUAAGACAGUGAAUUGGAAUCAUGUUUUAUUCUCAACCAACUUAGACAGAAAGGAGAGUUGGGCAAGUGUAAAACAUGCUGCUAAUUUGCUGACACCUGUUUUGCUCCAACAUGUGAGACCAGUUCUGGCCUCCUUGAACUUCUGCACAGGGAAAUUCUUGUGACACAGUGGUAGUGUCCCUAUCUCUGAGCCAGGAUCUCUACCAGCUUCAAAGGUGGAUUGCAACAUGUUGGUUUUACAAAAACUGAAAAUUCUAUAGAAGUGUAUAUAUGGUGCAGUGUUACUGAAAAGGCUGGGUCAAGUGCUUACUGCUAUAUAGAGAAUUUGCAAUCAUGUAAAUAUGCCAAAUGGAUAUUUUUGAGGUAAAACUGUCAUCAGUUUUUCUCUUUUGAAGAUAAUUAUUAAUACUAGAAGUAAUUUUUACCACUGAGCUGAGAUAAGACAUUAAAUACUGGCUGUAUCUGUGGUACUUUGCCCUAGUGUGUACACCAUAACUACACUGGAAGCUGGAAACCCUGGAGAAGUGGCAGGAACAACUCCUGUGGAUGCUCCUUGCAGGUUAUUUAACCCCUUAGUUUAAAUUCAAUCCCUGCUGGUUUAGUUCUGCAUAUAUUGACCUGUUGUCCUUCUGAAAUAUACAGGAAAGUCUCUGGCUCCAUUUUUGUUCUCUGCUCAGUUAGCUGCUGUCAGGUGAAGUUAAACUAAUUGGCCUCAAUUUGGAACUGAGCAAAUCAACCAGAAAUUAGCCUUCAAUUGAACUUGUGUUUGUGAAUGGAUCUCAGGUGAGAGAUAGACUGGGUUCCACUGUAAAGAACCUGUUUCCUUUUAUUGAAUAUCUAGCCCACACUCACUAUGUGUCCCAUUUGUAAAGCAAUACCCAGGAGCUUUCCAGACAGAACAAACAGACCAGAAUAUGUGGCCGUUUGACCCAGCACUUAUUACAAUAAAAAACAUUGUGCUUUAUAUUCAGUCCCAGAAUCCUAAGCCCUUUAUAUUUUUCUGUAGCAGAUGCGUGAUUGAGAGGAGAAGCAAUAGCACUGGAGACUGAGCUUUUAAGCAGCGAUCUCGAAAUUAAUCCCACUUGAACUUUUAACCGCUGAUCUCCAAAAUGAACCCUGGGAUCAUGAGCCUGGGCUAAGUUUUGAAACAGGGAGAAUAAGAACAUAAAGAAGGUACCUACCUAAGCAAGUGAGGUAUUACACAGUCCACUUAGGUCAGUACUAAUUCUACCGAUGGUGUUCCUACUGGCACUAUCAAGGGUAUGGCUUGUCAGGGUAGUUGCUGGAAAGCUGUUUUCCUCUGACUGGAGGAUCCAGAAUUACAGGUCACAGUCAUAGAAUAAACACUUAAAAGGAAAUAUGGUCUACUCCAGUUCCAAUUCUAAUGUUCUUAAGAAUGGGUUUUUAAAACAAGAUGUCUAUGGUUUCUGAUCAGAAAUAUCAAAGGCAAUGCUGUCACAUUUCUGAUCAGUGGUAUUAGCCCCUCAUUUGUAAUGCAGAUUUUUAGAAUAGCAUACAUGUGUCUCAUUGAGUACACUUAAAUCAAAUAUUGAGUCAGAUCUGUUCCUGCAUCUAAUUCAAUCAAGUUUCAAGUCUGAUUGAUACAAUGAGUUAUCGAACCCAGUAACCAACUCAGUAACGUUUUUUGAGAUUGCAUCUGGUCCCGGAAGGGUACUGAGUAGGUAGAAAAGCAUAUGGGAUCUUGGGCUUCAUAAAUAGAGAUACUGAGUACAAAAGCAGGGAAGUUAUGUUGAACAUUAAUGAAGCUUUGGUUAGGUCACUUCUGGCCAACUCAUUUUAGCGAAGGUCCUUCAGUGGAUGCAGAAUAGAUUUACCGGAUUGGUUUCAGGGUGGUGCAAUGUUAGCUACGAGGGAAGGAGAAGCUGCAGUUUUUCUCCUUGAAGCAUCGGAGGUUAACAGGACAUGUGAUGAGGUAGAUACAAUUAUGGCAGGUUUAGAUAAGGUAGACAAAGACACAAAAACCCAUUAGUUGAUGGGACAAGGGAUAGGAGACACAGAUAUAAGGUUCCAAUCAAGAAACAGAGGGUCAUAUAAGAACCUUUUAAAGCAGCAAGUGGAAAGGACCUGGAGCUCAUGGCCUAUGAAUGUGGUGAAAGUGGAAAUGAAGAAGAUUGCAAAAGGAAAUGGAUUGGCACUUGGGGAAGUAAACUUGCAGGCUACAAGGCUGAAGCAGGGGAUGGGACUUGAAUGGGACUUGUUUGAUUAUUCUACAGAAAGCCAGCGUGGAUGAUGGUCUUCCCCUGUGUUGUAAUAGACUCUACAACUAUGUACGAUUGAAUCAUAAUGCAACAAGACAUUGAAUACUCUGCGAACAAUGCACUGGAUUGUGCACUUCAACCAGUUUGCUUUUUCAAGAAUGGUCUGGACUCUGAAUCUCCCUGUAACGUACGAUACUAACAGGACAGCUGACAAGUUGGUGCUUUCUUGACUAUUUUCUGUGGUAACCUGGCGAAAGAUUAAAUGGAAACAUAAGAAGAAGAGUAGAGAUAAACUGCUUCCAAAAAUUGCCAGCUGUUUAUGAGUGGAAUUCCACUGCUCGAAUGUCACAAAGACUGGAUUCCUGAGUGUGGAAGUUCCAGCAUUUUACUCCUAGAUUAAUGAUGUAUUGUUAAUGACAGCAGGACUCCUUAACUUUGGUCAAUGGCUUUUUUUUACCUUCAAUAAACUGAAAGGCUAAUAAAUUCAAUGGUAUCACUGUAUAAAAUUGAGGGUAAAUCUACAAUCCCCUUUACCCAAAGCAGCCACCAUUUUUCAAUCCCAGUUCCCAAUGAGUGCAGUGCCCCCACGGGAGUAAGGAGUUGAAGGUCACUGCUCUGGUUGCUUACCACGAUCUGAUGUCUAAUACUUGAUUGGUUAGUUUGGAUACAGGAUAAAGUAUUUACCAGAGGAUAUGUUAAUCAUUUGGGUUCAUGACUGAACAUCUCACUUGACCAGACACGGUACCCAAUGCCUCACUGGGCCCAGAAAAAAUUAAGCACCCCCGACUGACAGCCCCUCAAAAGAGCUGGCCCAGAUCUAAGAUAUGCUGACAGCUCAGAGUACAGUGUAGGUGGAUAAACCAGCCUGAAAUAAGGACUUUGGCUGUGACCAUUGCUUCAAGUUGACUGAACAAGUUAAAUUCCUUUUUUAUUCAAGGAUUUUGAUUUUUUUUGUGAAUUACAUUUCUUUAAUUUCAUUGUACUUAGUGUGAGGCUCCUUUGUCAUUCACUGUCCCAUCUUAGACCAUCCCUUACUUAGCCCACCAACAGUCAGUAUGAGCUAAAACCCAUCCCUCAGUAGAUAUGAAUUACCAUGGACUUAAUGUUGGUACAUCAAUUUUGAAAGGAUGACAUUUGAAGAGCAACUGCAGUCACUGCUUCCCUAGCUCCUCUGCCACAACAUCUCUGCUGUAGGCAGACAUUAAGGGAUUGAUGACAUUGUGCUUCUGCUCAGUCAGACGAAUCGAUGAGCAGGAGGAGGACUGCAUCCAGCACAGUGACAAGGGUUCACAAAGCUGAUUACUCAUACAGCCUAUGAGCUUUUGCCUUCUGAGUAUGGUCUUUGCAGCCCAAAGUUCACAAUAGUAUAUCUCUAAACCCAGUUCAGCUGCUGUGCAAUAAACUACGGGGAAAUAAUCGUGGGAAUCAUGGUUUCAAAUAUACUGUAACAUUCUGGCUCUAAUGAAAACGCGGAUAAAAGAUAAAGACCUUACACUGGCCCUACUUGCUAACUGUACCUCAACAUCAGAUUAUUUUCAUGGCUUAGUAACUGUAACUUGUGAUUUAAGAUCCAUUUCCUUUUCCUGCCUCAUUACAUAUUGAACUGUGGCUCUCCAAUAGCAGGGGCCAGGGAACAUAGCUGAAUGUUUGCCUGUUUGCCCUACCAUGUUCUGUGAACAACUGACUGCCAUUUAACACAAAAAAAAUGGUAACUAGACAGAUGAAAAUAAACGUACUUAUCAAUGUGAA